AUGAGAAAAAUAGAAAGUGAAUUGGGACAUCCGCUAAGCAGGGGAGAUGGUAGUGUUGACUUAUUGAUUGGAGUGGACUACCCAGGCAUGCAUGGAGGAGAGACAAAAGAAAUUGAUGGGUAUAUCCUGAGAAAGUCACCAUUGGGUUGGUUAACAUUCGGUACAUCAAGCGGUUUACAACCAGAAACAACUGUGCUUCACAUAAAAAUGACUGAGAUGACAGAUCUGACCAAAUUCUGGUCUACUGAAGAAAUGGGAGUGAAGAUACAAAGCUGUAAGUGUAAGUCAUCAGAUGAAUUAAAGUUAUCACCAAUAGAAAAAGAACAAUAUAAAGAGAUGUGGCAGUCCUGUGAAAAGAUAGAAAAUAGAUGGAUGGUACCUUAUCCUUGGAAAAGAGACCCACAAGAGCUUCCUGACAAUAAGAAACAGUGUAUGGCGAAGUUGAUAUCCAUUGAACAGAGACUAAUGAAGAAUGAGAAAAAUGCAAUGUUAUAUGACCAUCAAAUGAAAGAAAUGGAAGAGAAAGGUUUUUCCAGAAAAUUAAGCAAAGAAGAAAUGGAGAAGUAUAAAGGGCCAGUACAUUACCUUUCCCAUCACCCAGUUAUACGUCCUGAAAAGAAAAGUACACCAGUCAGAAUUGUGUUCAACUCAUCAGCUGCAUUCAAUGGUCAUCGCCUGAAUGAGUAUUGGGAGAAGGGUCCAGACCUUCUCAAUGAUUUGUUUGGUGUACUUCUCCGCUUUCGCCAGAAUGCAGUUGCAGUAUCAGGUGACAUCUCAAAAAUGUAUCACCAAAUCCUGAUCCCUGAAAAGGAUAAGCAUGUUCACAGAUUUCUUUGGAGAAAUUAUGAUGUCACUAGACAACCUGAUGUCUAUGUUAAGGAAGUAGUGACAUUUGGAGAUAAACCAGCGCCAGCCAUGGCAUUAACUGCUUUACGGAAAACUGCAAAAGAAGGUGAGAAAGAGCAUCCCGAAGCAGCCAGGGUGUUAAACAAGGAUACAUAUAUGGAUGAUAUAUGUACAUCAGUCCAUACAGCAGAUGAAGCCAGAAAGAUUAUGAAAGAUAUAGAUGCAGUUUUAGAAACAGGAGGUUUUAGAGUAAAGGAGUGGGUGUCCAAUGUUAAACUGAAAAGGGAAGACCCACAUCCCAGUGACAGAACCGUAUUAGGAGAUCCAACAGAACAAAAGGUUUUAGGUGUAGUCUGGGAUCCAGAAUCAGAUCUGAUGAAAUAUCAAGUAAAGGCAAUUUCAGUCAAGGGAAAUGAUAUACUGACAAAAAGAAUGGUGUUAAGUGAACUGGCUAAAGUUUUUGACCCAAUUGGAUUCACCGGUGCAGUUCUGAUAAAAGGAAAAAUUCUUAUGCAGAAACUUUGGCUGAGUGGCACUGGGUGGGAUAAUGACCUGUGUGAAGAAGAAAAAACUGAAUGGAGAAGAUUCUUCACUGAAAUUGAGAGCCUUGAUGGUGUGUCUUUUGCCAGAUGUCUAAUGCCCAAGUUACAUAAUAAGUUAGCUGAACUUGUGAUAUUCUGUGAUGCAUCAGAAGAUGCAUUUGGUGCAGUUGCCUACACUAGGUGGGAGACAAAUAAUGGAACUGUUGGAGUAAGGUUUAUUGCUGCAAAGUCUCGUGUAGCGCCACUAAAGAAUUUGUCAAUACCUCGUCUAGAACUGCAAGCAGCCGUCAUUGCAUCUAGACUAUGUGCUACUGUUAAGGAAGAAAUGACAGUGAAGUUUGAUCGAGUUGUAUUCCUGUCUGAUAGUGUUAUCGCCUUGUGCUGGAUUCGAGGUCAGUCAAGGCAAUACAAGUCAUUUGUGGCCAACAGAGUUUCUGAGAUUCAAAGUCAAACCGAUCCAUCAGAUUGGCACCACAUACCAGGAGAAUUCAAUAUAGCAGACAAAAUAUCCAGAGGCAUUAAUGUCAACAGUCUGGCAGGUGACUGGAAGAAUGGACCAGCUUUCUUACUGUUGCCAGAAGCAGAGUGGCCAAAAUCUGUUCCUAAAGCAGAAGUCAGUGAAAUUGACAGAGAAAAGAAAAGAAUGAAAACUGUGCUAAUGGUUAAAGAAUCAGAGGGUAUUGAUUACAAGAAAUUCUCUAAAUGGAGAAAGUUGAUCCGAGUGACAGCAUAUAUAUUAAGAUUCAUUACAAACUUGAAAGCCAAGAAUGUAAUCAAAGGUGGCCCGCUAUCUGCAGAAGAGUUGGCGGUGGCAGAAAGUUACUGGAUCUUUGAAGCACAAAAAUCACUUCAUGAGAGAAUAAAAGAAGGAGAGUUCAAGUCACUAAGCAUCUUUGAGAAGGAUAAGAUUAUUCAUGUCGGAGGAAGAGCUUGUAACGGAAAGCUAUCAUAUGAACGUAGGCAUCCAGUUCUGUUGCCCAAUGACCACUACAUAUCGUAUUUGAUAACCCAGCAUGUACAUGAGCAAGGGCAUUAUGGGGUAGCAACAACUGCUGCCAAAGUCAGAAGUGAAUAUUGGGUUGUAAGCGUGACAAGAUUGGCAAAGACUAUCAAAUACAGAUGCGUGACUUGCAGAAUCCUCAAGCGCCAGACUGAAACUCAAUUCAUGGCUGAUCUCCCAGUUGAAAGAAUGGCUCCAUUUACGCCACCUUUCUAUUUCACUGCAUGUGAUUACUUCGGCCCAUAUGUUGUUAAAAUUGGAAGAAACAAAACGACAAAACACUAUGGCGUCAUCUUUACUUGUAUGAACACCAGAGCAGUACACUUAGAAGUAGCAGUUGACUGCUCUACAAUGGAGUUUUUACAAGUCCUACGUAGAUUCUUUGCAAUUAGAGGAAGGCCCAAGUCUAUUCAGAGUGACAACGGUACUCAGUUUGUAGGAGCCGAAAGACAACUUCGAGAGAUGGUGAAAGGCUGGAGUGAAACAAAACUUAAAGAAUUCUGUGCAGAGCAACAGGUGACAUGGAGGUUCACCACACCACUAGCUCCUCAUCAGAAUGGAUGUGCUGAAGCUCUGGUUAAAAGUUGCAAAGUGGCCUUGAGGAAAGCUAUUGGUGAGCAAAGACUCACUCCGUUUGAGUUGCACACCUGCCUUCAAGAAGUUGCUAACUUAGUAAAUGAGCGACCAAUCGGAAGAGUACCAAAUGAUCCUGAUGAUGGCAACUAUCUCUGUCCAAAUGAUGUUUUGCUUGGAAGGGCUUCCAGCAGAGUGCCACAAGGUCCAUUUCGUGAGACAAAGAAUCCAAGAGAGAGACAUGAAUUUGUUCAAUACAUAGUCAAUGCGUUUUGGAAAUGCUGGAUGAGAGAUGUGUUUCCUUUGUUGGUUCCUCGACAGAAGUGGAAUGUAGACAAAAGGAAUGUGCAGGUGAAUGAUAUUGUUGUAGUAGCUGAUCCAAAUGCAGUACGUGGAAAAUGGAAUCUCGGAAGAAUUACAGAAAUCUAUCCUGGAAGAGAUGGACGGGUGCGAAAUGUUAAAGUAAAAACUGCAAAUGGACAUUAUAGUAGACCAGUAACGAAAAUUGUGUUAUUUGCCCUGUUGAGGGAUAUAAUUAAAUAUAAGGACAUGCCGCAAUUGGUCAUUUGA